AUGGUGAGUUCUUUGAUGGUUGAGUUGGUGUUUGUUCGCUGGAAAAAGGCAGAUUGUUCUUCAAACUACCAAAACUCCACUUCAGUUUCAUCAGUGCAUGAUCUCAACAACACCAGCAGCAAUAACAUAUCAGUUUCAAAUAUACCGGAUCCGCAAUCAGUUCCGUUCUCCGCCGGCCUCUGUCGCCGGCGACAGAGUUCGAAAGAAUUCUGUUUCAAAAACAGUUCCGAUGUUUUAGCGGAUACUAAGCUUCAUGCUUCUCCGAAGAAAGGUUAUAAGUUUUUGUUGAAUUUGAAAGAUAAACGGUUAAAGAAAGAAACUGAUAUGAAUUUGUUGUUAGUUAAAGAAACUGAUAUCCAGUUGACUGAAGGUGAAAUUGUUAAUGAUGAUCGGUCUGUUACAGUUGAUUCGGUUAAUUCUGGUUUGAAUUUAAUUUUCAGUUUGAUUUGGUUAAUGAUGAAAGUGAUUUCUAUGAAAGCAAGUUUGUUAGUUACGGUUGUUACAUUUCUGGAUACGAGAUACAUGGGAAGCGUUAGAGAUUGGAUGUAUUUACCAAGACGAUUACCUGAAUUUGAAGCCGGGGUUAUUGAAUUCCUUAAUGCUUCAUUUGCUAAGGCGAUAAAAGGAUAUCAGAUCUGUUGUCCCUGCAAACGAUGUAAAAACCGUUAUUGGUAUCGAAGAUAUGAAGUAUUUGAUCAUUUAAAAGGACAUGGAUUUGUAGAAGACUACUAUGUGUGGGUUUUUCAUGGAGAAAACCCCCCCCACACAAGAUCUACUACUGGCAUAAAUGAUAAUGGGGAGAGUAUGCAUGACAAUUUAGAUGAGUUAUUACAUGACCGGUUUAGAGAUAUUGCAGAAGAAACACGUACGGUACAAGAGGGUUUAAAUGAAGACGCCAAGAAGUUCUAUAAGUUGGUAGAAGAUGGAAAGCAAGAAUUGUUCCCUGGGUGCAAAAGUUUUUCGAAGCUAUCUUUCAUCGUCAGACUUCUUCUGUUCAAGACCCUUCAUGGGCUUAGUAAUGUGGCCUUUGAUGAUCUUCUACAACUUUUACAAGAGAUGAUUCCGGAGGCAAAACUUCCACCUAGUUUUACUCAAGCUAAAAAAGUCAUAAAGGAUUUGGGGCUUGAUUAUAAGAAGAUUCCUGCAUGUCCAAAUGAUUGUAUGCUUUACUGGAAAGAAUAUGAACAUACUGAAGUGUGCCACAUUUGCCACACCUCUAAGUGGAAACAACUGAACGAGAAACACCAUAACGAACAUGAUAGUGAACAUUCUCAGACAUCUUCAAAAGUUCCGGCUAAAGUAGUGUGGCAUUUUCCUUUAAAACCGAGGCUACAAAGACUUUUCAUGUGUUCAGAAAUAGCUAAACAUAUGACAUGGCAUGAUGAAGGACGUCCUAAAGAUGGAAAUUUACGACAUCCAGCAGAUGGGCAAAGUUGGAAGGAUUUUGAUUCUUUGCAUCCUCAUUUUGCAAAAGAAACUAGAAAUGUGAGGCUAGGGUUGUCAAGUGAUGGACUUAAUCCAUUUGGAACAAUGAGCAUUGCUCAUAGCACUUGGCCUGUGGUUUUGGUUAACUACAAUUUGCCUCCUUGGAUGUCACUGAAACCGGGAUACUUUAUGUUAGGGGUUACUCAAUGUUAUCGGGGUGGAAAACAAAGGGAAAAUUUGCUUGCCCAUGUUGUAGUCACGAGACUAGCUCACUUUACUUGGAGCAUAGCAGAAAAACAUGUUAUAUGGAUCAAUCGUAGAUUUUUAGAUGCUCAACACCCAUGGCGACGUAACAAGAGUGCUUUCAGUGGGAAGGUUGAGGAGAGGCUUCCUCCAAAACCUCUAUCAGGUGUUCAAGCUUUGAGUGAGUUGUCUAGUUUUGAAAAUCUAUUCGGAAAGAAACAAAAGAAGAAAAAUGAUAGCACUUGCCCAUGGAAGAAAAGGUCAAUAUUUUUUGACUUGCCAUACUGGCAAGAUAAUAAAUGUCGACAUAAUCUUGAUGUGAUGCACAUUGAAAAAAAUAUAUGUGAUAACGUGAUAGGGACUUUGUUGGAUAUUAGUGGGAAGUCAAAAGAUCACCCAAACGCUCGAUUUGACAUUUUAGACCUUGGCAUCAAAGAAAGGCUUCAACCGGUGCUUUCUGAUGACGGUAAGCAUGUUAUCAUGAAGAACGCAUGUUUUUCAUUGUCAUCAAAGGAGAAAGUUAACUUUUGCCGUGUUCUAAAAGAAACAAAAUUACCUUAUGGGUGUGCGUUUAAUAUUUCUCGUUGUGUUCAUUCUUCAGAAAAGAAAUUUUCGGGUUACAAAAGCCAUGAUGCUCAUAUCUUUUUACAUUACUUGCUUCAAGUUGCUGUCAGAAAAUCAUUACCAAAGCAUGUUGCUAUCCCAUUGAUUAGGUUGGGUGUCUUUUUUCGAAGCUUGUGUAGCAAGGUAAUUAAGCCUAAGGACCUUGAUAAAUUACAAUUAGAAAUUACAGAAACGUUGUGUGAAUUGGAGAAAAUAUUCUUGCCAGCGUUUUUUGACAUAAUGGUGCAUUUACCUAUUCACUUAGUUAAUGAAGUUACGCUUGGUGGACCUGUUCAAUAUCGAUGGAUGUUUUUUAUGGAAAGAUACUUGUGUAAGUUGAAGUCGUAUGUGCGGAACAAGAGCCACCCAGAGGGAUCCAUAGCAGAAGGGUAUUUGAUUGAAGAAUGCUUAACUUUUUGCUCACAUUAUAUGCAUGGAGUUCAUGCAAGUCCUAAUACGCAUGCAGUAGAUAAUGAUGAUUUGGAAGAAGAAAACGAAUUGAUUGAACCAGUAUUCGUGAAUGGUGGUCAUCCUUUGGGAGGUAAAACACGAAGACAAGGCAAAGUUUUCACUUUAGAUGCUCAUUUAAUGGAACAAGCACAUCGUUAUGCCUUAUUCAAUUCUGACUGUGCACAAGUUAAUGAUUAUAUCACUGAGCAUGAAGCUUAUAUUGAAAAUCAACCCCGACAAAGUCGAUGGUCACGAGCCGAGCCGAACUGA